GCCCUCGGCAGUAACAAUGGUGGUGUCCCAGGUGCAAUUCUGACCUCUGUUGUCCAGCCUCCUCCAAAUCUUCAUCCUUCAGCCGGGCCAGACCAGACCUUCGCAUUCCCCGAAGCACAACCCCCGCCACCAGUUCUAAAUUGCAACACGGCCCUCGAAGAUCUGGUACGGGAAAUACGAAGUUAUGAAGAACUCCUGUUAGGGUUCGCUGGAUCUAGUGCAGUGGACAAUCUGAUCCUUCGUCUGCACGCUCUGGGAUUCUCUGCGCGAGGGCUUCGCGACAGGAUUGAUAAGCCUUUCGAUGCGGGUGCAGAUCAAUUCCCCUCUUCUCCAUGGAUGGUUGAGAGGCAUCUCCAAGACUUGUCGCAGGUGGUUCAGAAGGAGCAUUCUAAUGCUUUGUCAUUGUUGAGUUUCUCCGUGCGUCGUCAGGAGCCUGAAGCGUCCGGAGGCGGGACAGAGCUAUCACAUUCCCUCAAUAAGCCAAGCUUUAAUAUGGCUGAAUCCACCGAUGCCUUUGCUUCAUAUCUGCAAACCCAAGGGUUAUUAUUGAAGAGAUGGUUGUCCACGGUACUCGGUGAGGCCGAAGAUCUCUCUCUGGAGCUUCGAGAUGAAGAAAUCGUGGUUCUGUUAAAUGUGGAGGCGUUUCACUCCCUUGUAAAGGAUGAAAUCACAAUGCUUUCGACCUCCGACCCGUCGAAAUCCGCAUACCGUUACAACUCCGCUUUCUCUCAUUACGUGCAGCUUGUUCUGCCUCUAUCCCCUGAAAGAGAUAUUAUGAUUUCAAGGGGCUGUAUCGUGUUGUCAAAAGCUCUACGUCGACUUGGUCUUGUGGAGGACUCAUUUGAGGCGGCGAAUAACGGUGUCACCCUAAUUCUUGGAGACGUUUGGGAUUGGCAUGCAAUGCCCCCCGCUCACAAAACCACUCUUUCUUUGCCCAUAUCACUACUUCUCGCCGAAUUACUCGGGUCCGCCUGCCAUAGCCUCAUAAUGCUGUCAGAUAUCCUGGAUAACACACUCUCACCCCAUCGUGAAACACUCCUCUCCAUUGCAUUCCACAGAGCAAAGUUGGCAGUCCAGUUGCGACGUCAGGAUGUAACUCAUCGCAUCGAUAAAUCCCAACAUAGAGAUCCUUUCGAUUCGGUUAGUUUUGGUACUGGUAGCGCUAGACUGGCUCUGCUGGAUUCACUGGUUUCGUUGUCUCGCACUGUCUCGUCCCCGAAUUCGGACUGGGAGGGUGACAUGCUGACAACCGCUGAACGAUUGGGGAGGAGGGAGAUUUUAGGCACCGUCAUUGAUGAGCUCCGAUCACUCCAAGAACAUGCACAUCCGCAACUGCAAUCUAGGGCAACUGAACUGUUGGUUUCCGCUCUCAUUGUCAAGUCGUUUGUUAGCUCCAGUCUGGCUAUCGAUGUUAAUUCGGGAAUCGCGUUCGGAAGCAUCAACGAUGCGCGACUGACGUUGACGAGCCUCAUAGACGAGAAGUUUGUUUUGCGCUCUACCCCUCGUCCUUUGGCACUGUUCGGAGUAGGGGAUAUACGAGAUUUAUACCCGUCCAUGCUGCUCAUGAUUGCCACUUUGGCGUGGUCAAACACUAAUGUUCCUACUGCACUCCAAGCCGCUUCUGAUGCUGUAGAAUGGCACGUCAAUAGAGUGAAAGCCAUCCAAAGAGUCAGGAACUUGACGAAUCCGGAAGUCCAAUCAUGGGCCUCUCCCCAUUACCGAAUUAUGGUCAAAGUUGCUCUUGAUGAUGCAAUUUCCGCCUUCGAGACGAACGCCUCAUAUCUUCGGGAGAUAGACAGAAAGGAAGACGCUUUUGCAAUACAACAGCAAGAGGUAAAGCUGCUUCAAGAGGUGGUCGAUUUUAUCAAGAGAUUUGGCGCUGAUGAUUCGACGGACCCACCCUACUACCGAACGUGCAGUCUCAAAAGUAUUCAGGCGGCCUUGGCAAAUGCAUUCACCCAGAUCGCGACAAGUGCAGCUGAAGAUAAACGUAUGGAAUUGGCCCUGGAGUACGGCAUCUCUGCCGUCCAUGAAUACCGCGAACUCCUCUCAGUGGAAGCGAGGGGCACACCUGGCAACGAAUCCCAACAAAUCCCUCCUAAUGAGAAAAAGAUUCGUGAAGGUUUCGCAACUGCACUAUCCGGGGUUGCCAUUGAUGCUUCAUCGGUCGAAGAAUGGGAUAUCGCUAUCGAGGCCGACGAAGAAUCAGUGAAGCAAUACCGUAUCCUUGCGGGAUUUGAUCCUGUUACCUAUGCCUCGGGAGUAGGCAAUUCUUUGCGGAGCCUGGCUCAACACCUGUAUCGUGGAGGCAGAAAGGCAGAGGCUGUGGAGGUUGGCUCACAGGCUGUGGAAGCCGCAAGAAUAUUAAUCAAAACAAACCCCCUUGACUCCCAUCGCACCGAUCUGGCCGUUGCACUAUCUGACUUUGCGGUUUAUUCCGCUUCCAUGGAGCAGUAUGACGUAGCGAUUGCGGCCGACAGAGAGGUCCUGGACAUUAGGAACACCAUUACCAGCCAAACUGGUUCCUUUGGCAAUGACGAGUUUGACAUAACUCCAACCUUGCAGAAUCUCGCUGACCACCUUACAGCUUCCGGUCAGCAUGAUGAGGCUCUAGUGGCUGGUCUUGAAUUCGUGGAUGCGACUAAAACUGCAAUGGAAGCAGGGAAGAAGAUUGCAUCAUCAUACGGAUAUGCACUGUAUAAGCUAUCCCUUCUUUUCGUGGCCCUUCGGGACUGGGACAAAGCAAUUGAAGCGGAUGAAAAUGGCAUCAAGUUCUUCGAGCAACUCAGACUGGGUGAACCAUCCUCCUACGACACCGAUUACAUACGAGCCCUCCGUUCACGUGCAAAGCAUCUCCGCGAUGCUGGUCGGCUAGACGAGUCGCUCCUAGAAAGCGAAAAGGUCUUAAAAGUAGCUGAAGAUGCUUUUCAGCGGAACCCUACUCAUCGGAUUGAUGUGGCAAUUGCUCUGUCGGAUUUAGCAGGGAUUUACUCGCAAAUGAAUGAGUGGGAGGAGUCCCUCCCGUUCGAAGACCGAUCCCUGGAGCAUUACCGCAUUCUUGCUCAGGACGCGCCAGAUGACCAUGAUUCGGAGGUUAUCAGAGUCCUGCAGAACAGAGCGGUUGCACUACAGAACGCUGGUCGACUUGAUGACGCCUUGGAAGCCGGACAAGCCGUGAUCGAUGCAUCCCGUGAAGCGUACAAGAAGCGACCAGAGAUGCAUCGAUCAGAUCUGGCAUUAUCCUUGUUCAACUAUGGCGUUUAUACAGCCGCAAAAAAAGACUGGGACGCGUGCAUCAUUGCGGAUGAGGAGUCAGUAGGAUUUUACCGCCUCCUCUUCAAGGAAAACCCCAAGAUUCGAAUCAGGGAGCUGCUUCGGGGAAUGCGGAAUCGAACAGUUCACUGCGCAAAUGCAGAGAGGCAUGAGAUAGCUCUUGCAUCAAGUCGCGAAUGGGUUGACACCGCCAGGAAGGCGGUCGAAACAAUGGGCCCAACGUAUUUAUCGGAUCUAGCUUCUGCGCUGGUGAACUUUGCGGGCCAGGUGGAUCGCUUGCAAAAAUGGGAUGAAUCUAUCACUGCAACCCAGGAAGCUCUGUCCAUCUACACCCAACUAGUAGACGAGGACCCUUCUUCGUAUUCAAGCAAUGUGUUUUACCAAAAGCGGAAUUUGGGGGCCAGGUUAUUCAGAGCAUUCAAGUAUCAGGAGGCGGUUGAAAUAGGAGGCGAAGUUCUGACUCAGGCGAGAAAACGUCUGACCGAAAAGGAAUCAACUGGAAAGGACUCGGAACCAGAAUUGGGGAAACCGGUGAUGGACUUGGUAUUCGAGAGAAGAGACCUCGCUCUUGCGUUGUAUGACCUCGCUCUUUACCAUAGCGCUCUCAAGAAAUGGGGCACAUCCAUAUCCCUUCACAAGGAAUCACUGAAUAUUUACAGGGGACUUCAGGAGGAGGCUGCACCUGGCACGUACGACGAGGACAUUCUCCGAGGCCUCCAAGAUUGUGCCGGUGAUUGUUACGACUCGAAGCAGCUCGACGAAGCGAUGGAGAUGGGAAAGGAAGCCGUCAAAUAUGCAGAACUGAUUGCGGAUGCUGCUAUGAAGGACGAAAACGGCAAGAUAUCCCAGUUAGUCAGAGGCGAUCUUGCCCGUGCACUGGCAAACUCUGGGGUUUAUAUGUUGCAUCGAAAGAUUUGGGACCAAAGUCUUCCUAUCCAGGAGCGAGCUCUCGAGAUGUACCGCGCUUUAUACGCGGAAAGGGGACUAGAACGGUACGAUUGGCAGCUUGUCUGUGUCUUGUGUAACGUGGCGGAGCAUCGAUUGCGGGCGGGGAUAAUGGAAGCUGGGUUGGAGAUCGGUAGGGAGGCUUUGGAUUUCUGCAAAAUUGUUGUGGAAGGCGUUCCAUUAGAUGAUCUCUCGACGAUCCCAAAGAUUACUCGAGAUAACAUGGGCAAAUCUCUACGCGAAAUUGCGAAAUACCUUAGGGAGGAAACGGAGAUGAAGGCGCUGGCCGAGGAAUACACCUCUGUUGCGGACCAAUUCGGUCCCCCUCCCCCAGAUGAUCCUCUGGGGAAGAAAGUGGAGCCAAACGGUCAGGUCGCAGAGACAGAACUACGGACAGCGAACUAGGGUGCAAAUAAAGAGUGCCUCCGAUUGACUAGUAUCGAGCAUGAGGCGUGCCAUGAUACACCAACACACCCUGUUGCUGCAAUUUAUUGAUUUACAUGGACAAUAUAAUCUAGGGACAAUGUUGUACUUUCCUAUACUUCGGAGGUCCGUGCACUUGAAUGGUGCCAAUUCAAUCGGAUAACGGAG